AUGACAUAGUUGAUAAAUGUAAGCUGACUCGGGAGGCAGGAGAUAGAACAGUGUUGUUGGCUUCUGAUACUCCCUCUCUUCACUUUCUCUGUGUUUUUUUUUAAUGUUAUUGAUUUCAGUGUUUUGAAGGGGAACAAAGGGUGAUCUAGAUUCAGACCCAGAAACCUGAGUGAAGAACAAACAAGUUUGAGUUAGGAAGAGUUAGAAGAGGUCCAAGUAAUCGAGCAUUAAUAUUCUAAGAGGCAUUUUGUCAAACACUUCAGUGAAGAAAAAUCAACUUUGGAGUUCAAGGAAAGUUGGAGGGACUCAACUACUCAAGCAGGAUUCACGUUGGGCCACUUUUUGAAGGAUUUCAGGGUUCUUCUUAAAAAGACAUGACCAGUAGUAGUCUUCUGCACACCCCUAGUUUCAAGUAUCCAGAUGGGAAUUUUCGGAAAAACCAAGACUUCAUGGACUUAAAUCGCCACCACCAUGAGUAUAAUCAUAGUAAUGAUCAUAAUCAUCAUCAACAUGAACAAAGCUCUUUCCUUGAGAACCUUGUCAAUGGGGGCAAUAGCGAUGGUGUUGGUGAGGAUUAUCGAUGUUUUCGAUCUUCAAGUCCUGAAAUAGACACCAUUUUGACAAGAUUCAUGAAUGGUACGGGUGUGUUGGGUGCUCACGAUCUUCACGAAUAUGGGAAGAGAUCAAUGAAGCAAGAAGUGCCGGAUUCUCCAAAGAAUUGGAAUGGUUCCUCAGCUGGAAGUUCAGAGAUGAUUUAUCAGAGUUCACCAGUUCAGAGAUUGGGAAAUGAAACAAAAAUGGAUUGCUCAUUUGGUGUCAUGAAUUCUAUGACGGAAAACUCUACGCAACCAAAGAUGGGCAGUGGAAAUGGCAACAACCUUCUUAGGCAGAAUAGCUCACCAGCUGGAUUUUUCUCCAAUUCAGGAGCUGACAAUGGUUUUUCCAUGGGGAGAGAUUUGGGAAAUUUCGGAGCUUCUGGUGGAAUAAAAGGAGAAGUUUGUUCAAUGAAUAGUAGGCUGAACAAUCCUAUGAACUUUCCAUCCGUGGCAUCAUCGUCAAGUAUGAGACUUAUGCCUCAAAUCGCUGAAGCUGGAGAUGAGUGGAGAGGUGCAAGUAGCCCUGGGAAUGGAAGUUUGGGGAAUUAUAAUUCCAGAAAUGGAAAUUGCCAUCUCAACUUUGCGAAUGAUACUUCCUUCGAUAGCAUGAAAAGAGUCGGAGAAAGUGAUGGAAACAUUUUCUCUGCUUUAAACCCUUUUGAAAGUCAGACUGGUAGAUCUUUAAAUGGCACCCUUGGUUUGACUCACCAUUUAAGUUUGCCUAAGACUUCUUCCGAGAUGGCUGCUAUCAAGAAGUUUCUGCAAUUUCAAGGCACCGUUCCUUGUAAAAUUCGAGCCAAGAGAGGUUGCGCUACUCAUCCACGAAGCAUCGCGGAAAGGAUGAGAAGAACCAGAAUUAGUGAAAGAAUGAGAAAACUGCAAGAGCUUUUCCCAGAAAUAGACAAGCAAACGAACAUCGCGGAUAUGUUAGAUUUGGCGGCUCAGUACAUACAAGAUCUCCAGAAACAUGUCAAGAUGCUCACGAAUACGAAAGCGAAGUGCCGAUGUUUAAGUAAACAAAUGCAGUAUUCAAAUGCUUCAGUUUGAUGAUUUUGUUUCUGUACAGAUAGUGACAGGCAGAUUGUAAAAAAA